UAAAUAGAGGUAAUGUUUGACAGCAUCCCCUCCCUUUUCUGCCUCUCCUCUCCCAGAUCUGUUAUUCUUCGUAUUUUCUCUGAGUCACUGUGUCGCUCGAACCGAACCGGAGCUGUUCAGCAAUUUUUCCUGGUUCUGUCUGGUUCCUGUGGUAAAUACACGAUGACCCAGGUGGUUCCGAGGCGUGUUGACAUGACAGCUUUGGUUCCUCCUCCUGCAACACUGACCAGCAGCAGGCACGCAUCACCUGUUCAGUCACCUUCCAGCCCUACAGGCUCUCGGCUGAAUUUAUCUAAAGAAAGACAAGAGAGCAGACAGAGAACACAAGAGCGGUCGCUGCAGGAUAAGGAGCGGCGCGCGCAGCAGCAGCUGGAUCGCUGCGCCGAGGAGCGAGGCAGGAAGAUGGAGCAGCAGAGGAGGAAGGAGCAGCAGCGCCGGGCGGCGGCCCAGGAGAAGAGACAGCAGCAGCAGGACGCAGAAAAGGAGAGGCUGGAGGCCCUGGUGCGCCGGAGAGCCGGGGGCGCCGAGCGACGCGGCGGUGGCUGCGGCGGCGUGGAGGCCCGGGAGCAGCUGGACAACAGGCCCAAACGCUGGACCUGGGGCGGGCCGCCCGACGGAGCCGAAGGUAACCCUCAGACCCCGCCCUGCCAUGCCAUUGGCUCCGCUCAGCCCAAUGAGCUUCCUGCCGCUUCCAGCGCCAGCCAAUCCCGUAACGUAGUUGACUUCUUGUCUCCACCAACGAUGGAUCAGCCAAUCAACAAACAGCUUUCCAGCUCCUCAGCAGCUCUCAGCUCCCCAGAGAGAGUGUCCUCUGUGUCCCGUCGAACAGCUUCCCCCAACAACAACAGAUCCUUCAGGAGUUCCUCCAACCGCAGAAGCAUCGCCGGCUUCCCUGAGGAAAAAGCCAAAACACCAACGGGGGAGACACCCAACACUCCAGUCCGUAGUUCUUCCUUCAAGGCCAACAGUAAAGGCCACGCUGCGUCGAAGCGGGUGAGGUCCAACCGGAGCCGCGCCCAGUCGCCCUGCUCUCCUGGACAGUACCCCCCCUCCCCGCUGCGGCAGAGGGCCCCCACCCCCGGCGCCGACGACAGGGGCAACAACGAGAACAAAGGUCACGGCACUCUGGAGAGGAAAUCUGCCAAAUCUGAAGCUCCAGACAACAAGAAGAUCAGCAAAUCCAGCAGCAGAGAGCUGAACGCAGAGUCACCAGGCACGCCCAGCGGCCGCAGCGUUGGCGGGACGACGGACGCCGAGGAGGCGUCCCGGCUGCUGGCGGAGCGACGGCGUCUGGCCCGGAUCCAGAAGGAGCAGGAGGAGAGGCAGCGGCAGGAGGAGGAGAGGCUGAAGGCAGAGGAGGAGCAGAGGAGGCAGCAGGAGACCAGGGAGCGCCAGGAGAGAGCGGCACGGGAGGCUGAGGAGGAGAGAGCGAGAAAGGAGGAGGAGAAGAGGAGCAGAGAGGAGGAGGAGAGACGACAGAAGGAGCAGAGAUGGAAGAACAUGCAGGACCAGCUGGACAGAGAGCGGGAGGAGGCCUUCCUGCGGGCGCAGAGGGAGGCUGAGAGGAAGAGGCAGGAGAGGGAGCUGCUGCACAUCCAGGAGGAGCAGGAGAGGCAGCAGAGGAAGAAGAGAAUUGAAGAGAUAAUGAAGAGGACGAGGAAGAGCGAAGUGGAUCCUCCAUCUGGAGCAUCGGCGUGUGAUGCUAAAGCUGAAGCUGUUGGCGCCUCAGAGGAAGAUGCUCCAACCCCGGCUGAAGCCCCCGUCAUCAUGCUGGGCCCCCUGGAGAAUAAAAGCUUUGUGGACGAGCUUUCUGAUGGAGUCCAGUCCAUGGACGUCAGUUCUCCAUCUGUCUCCAUCAGCCCCGUCUCCAGGGACGAGCAGGCCAGCGCUCACGAGUUCUCCCCGGUGGCCGAGGGGCCCGACGGCUACCAGCCCGACCAGCCCAUGGACCUGGACGCCCCGGGGCGGGGACGCCCUGGAGCCGACACGCCGCCGUACCCCAGGCUGCAGGCCGGCAGCGGCGUGGGAGACCUCAACAAGAACCUGCUGAUCCAGGCGUACAGCGCCACCUCCGAGUCCGCGCAGCUCAUCCACAGCGUCGGCCCGAGCAAACUGGACAUCUAACACCGGAGCGAAACAGGAGCAAACACAGCCACCUCCCUCUGCAACAGUAGUCAUCCUUCCCACCAGAAACAAAGUUUAGCAUCUGAUCUUUCAUCCGUGUUUCCGAACCGCUCCGGAGGCAGCGCAGGCGGGGAAGUCCAACUCACAGAAACAUGCUAAUAAUGUGAAGUUUAUGUUUCUGACUGAAAACAAACACUUCUGCCUGCUCAGCAACGUAUUUAUGACAUGAACGUGUGAAGGUUUGGGUGUUUAAACUGUAAAAGCUCAUCCAUAAAUCAGAGGUUCUGAUGAAGCCUCAGCUUCUCCAAACGUUGUAAAUAGAUCCGACUGCAGGACGAUCAGCAGAGAGCCGCUCCGACGUGUAGCAUCUCCGAGCCGGACUAGCCGGCCGUGUCGUUCCACAAAGUGUCGGUGUUUUCUGACUGUGUUUACCUUCGAACUGCUGGCAGACGCACCCGAGUCUGCAGAGGACGACGGCGACUUUGGGCCACAGCAGGUGGAGAAAACAAAGAGUAAAUUUACACCUAAAAAUCUCAGAAAAUCUCUAGUAAAAACAAGGAAAUGUGUGAGUUUGAAAUGUUAAAAUUUGCUGCAAAAAUCUCA